AGGCGGCGCUCGGUGUUGACAGCUGAGGCGGCUGACUGCCUCCCGCGCCCCCGGCGCCCGGCCCGGCCUGCCCGGAGCCAUGAGCCCCGGGCUGCUGCUGCUCGCUAGCGCCGCCCUGCUCGCCUUCGGCCUCUUCUGCACCUUCGUGCACCGCGCUCGCAGCCGCUACGAACACAUCCCCGGGCCGCCGCGGCCCAGUUUCCUUCUAGGACACCUCCCCUACUUUUGGAAAAAGGAUGAGGUUUGUGGCCGCACGCUGCAAGAUGUGUUUUUGGACUGGACUAAGAAGUAUGGACCCGUGGUGCGAGUCAACGUGUUCCACAAAACCUCGGUCAUUGUCACAAGUCCUGAGUCGGUCAAGAAGUUCCUGAUGUCAACCAAGUACAACAAAGACUUCAAGAUGUACCGGGCCAUCCAGACUGUGUUUGGUGAGAGACUCUUUGGCCAGGGCCUAGUGUCCGAGUGCAAUUAUGAACGUUGGCAUAAACAGCGCAGAGUCAUGGACCUGGCCUUCAGCCGGAGCUCUUUGGUUAGCUUGAUGGAAACAUUCAACGAGAAGGCCGAGCAGCUGCUGGAGAUUCUGGAAGCCAAGGCGGACGGGCAGACCCCAGUGUCCAUGCAGGACAUGCUGACCUGCACCGCCAUGGACAUCCUGGCCAAGGCAGCUUUCGGGAUGGAGACCAGCAUGCUGCUGGAUGCCCAGAAGCCUCUGCCUCGGGCAGUGAGAGUGAUGUUGGAGGGCAUUACCGCGUCCCGCAACACCCUGGCAAAGUUCCUACCAGGGAGGCGGAAGCAGCUGCGUGAGAUCCGGGAGAGCAUCCGCUUUCUGCGCCAGGUUGGCAAGGACUGGGUGCAGCGUCGCCGGGAGGCCCUGAAGAGGGGCGAGGACGUCCCUGCGGACAUCCUCACGCAGAUCCUCAAAGCCGAAGAGGACGCCCAGGACGACGAGAUCCUGCUGGACAACUUCGUCACUUUCUUCAUUGCCGGUCACGAGACCUCUGCCAACCACUUGGCAUUCACAGUGAUGGAGCUGUCACGUCAGCCUGAGAUUGUAGCGAGGCUGCAGGCGGAGGUGGACGAGGUCGUCGGUUCUAAGCGGCACCUCGACUGUGAGGACCUGGGGAGGCUGCAGUACCUCUCCCAGGUCCUUAAGGAGUCGCUGCGGCUGUACCCGCCGGCCUGGGGCACCUUUCGCCGGCUGGAGGAGGAGACCUUGAUCGACGGGGUCAGAGUCCCCGGCAACACCCCGCUUCUGUUCAGCACCUACGUCAUGGGGCGGAUGGACACGUACUUUGAGGAUCCACUGACCUUCAACCCUGAUCGCUUCGGCCCCGGAGCACCCAAGCCUCGGUUCACUUACUUCCCCUUCUCUCUGGGGCCCCGCUCCUGCAUUGGGCAGCAGUUUGCUCAGAUGGAGGUGAAGGUGGUCAUGGCCAAGCUGUUGCAGAGGCUUGAGUUCCGGCUGGUGCCGGGGCAGCGCUUCGGGCUGCAGGAGCAGGCCACGCUCAAGCCGCUCGACCCCGUGCUCUGCACCCUGUGGCCUCGCGGCUGGCAGCCCGCGCCCCCACCCCCGCCCUGCUGAGGGCGCCCGCCCUGGGGCUGCCGGCAGGAUCCGACUCCUGGGCCAGGGCCACAGCCCUCCUCCGCCACCCCCCGUGCCCCCAGCACCCCCUGCCCCUGGCCUCGGGGCACACUCCACUCUGGCUCCCAGUGGGCCCUCUGCCAACUGCCGUCUGCUUCACCCCCUCAGUGCUCCUCACCACCUACUGACCAGCACCCUCCUAGCUCCCUCCCGGAACCUCUGUACAGGCCCCCUCUCUGCCGAGACACCCUAACUCUUGCUCACUCCCUGAAGCCUUCUUCAGGUGUCGCCUCCUCCAGGAAGCCCUCCCUGCCAUCCCCGGCCGGGCCGGGGCCCCUCCUCUGUGCUCCCUCCGUCACCUGUGCUACCUCUAACACCACACUGACCACACUGUAUUGCGAGCGUCCGUGGACAUGACCAACCGCCCUGGCCGGCUGUGAGGGCCUUGAGGGUGGGGUCUGCGUGUGAUUCAUCUCUGAGCCCCCGGGGCCUACCCCGGGCCCGGCACAGAGUCAGUGCUCAAUAAAUGUGUGUUGACUGCA